CGUUCGACUGUCCACAUUUUGUGGGCCGAUUGGGUGACAACUUUUUGACCAACUAGCCCAAAAGUGAAUGCCGUGCUGCAGCUUUUGUAACUCAGGCAGGCGUAUCAACGACUGGCAAGGUCAUUUGUAACCUUAACUAAGCAGAUUUGAAAGCCUCUACGCAUAUCAAAUGUGGGCUGGUUCUUGCAAAGGGCGCUUCGGGCCAGCUUAUUCUGCAGCGUGUAUGCCGUGUGUAUAAAAUGGCCAAUUGCUGUCAGGUAAGGCAUCAGUAGCACAACGGGCCACACCAAGCCAACGAGUAGCAGCUUCUACAAUCCACAAACUACAAACUAAGAGCAAAAAGCGGACAAAUAGUCCUAUACUAAUCACGUCACCCAUCAUGAGACGGAGCGGCCUGUUGAUUGGCGUAUGCCUACUGAUCUGCAAUGUGGCCAAUGCAUCCUUUCUGCGACCCAUCGAGCUCAGCCAAUUGACCAAAUCGGCCAGUCUCCAGCAACAGGAGCAGCAGCAGCAGCUGCGUGACCUGGACAAUGAUGACUCCAGUUUGGAUGAGCCCACGACAAUUUUACCCAACUCUAGUGAGGAUUACGAUAGCCGGCCACAGUAUACAUUUGCCUACGAUGUGCGCGACACGCUGACCGGCGAUGAGAAGCGACAGGAGGAGAAACGUGACGGCGAUUUGGUGAAGGGCCAAUAUUCGCUUGUCGAGCCCGAUGGCACGAGGCGCAUUGUGGACUACACAGCGGAUGAUGCCAGUGGAUUCAAUGCUAUCGUGUCAAAGCAACGCCUCGAUGGGCGACUGAGCACAACGCAAGCGUCUUCCUCGUCUUCAUCCUCCUCCUCCUCCUCUGCCUCUACCUCAUCUCGCUACAAUAGUAUUGAAGAGCUGCAGUCGCGCCUAACAGCUCAAACUAUUGCUGAAGCUCAGGCUCUGGCCGAAGCCCAGCAACAAUCGCAAUUGCAAUUGGAAGCAGAGGCGCGAAUCGAGUCUGAGAACCAAGCUCGUCUCCAGUCUCAGCAGCUCAUGGAGCAGUUCCAGCAGCAAGUGCAGCAAACCGCACAGCUGCGUCAACAGCAAGAGCAACAACGUCUGCAGCAGGAGCAACAGCUGCGCGAGUUGCAGCGUCUGCAGGAGCAGAGAGAACGGGAACAGAGGGAACGGGAACAGAGGGAACGUGAGCAGAAGGAACGUGAGCAGAGGGAACGCGAGCAGAGGGAACGCGAGCAGAGGGAGCGUGAAUUGAGAGAUCGUGAGCAGAGGGAACGUGAGCAGCGCGAGCAGGAGCGUCGUCAGCAACAGGAGCGUCGCCUAAGCCAGAGUCAAAACCAAAAUCAGAAUCGCCUGCUCGAACGUCUGAACAGCCAGCAGCAGACUUUGCUGCUGCCCAACUCAAAUCAGCUGCUGGGUCAAAGUGUCCAGGCCACCGUUGUCUCGCAUCCCCCAACUUUGAUCUCUCGCCUGCCAGCGAUCAACUCAGGCAACCUGCUGCUGACUGGGGAGCGUGACUUGGACGCCUGGCGCCAGCUGCCCAGCUCCCGCCUAAACAUCGAGCGCAACGCGCAGUCCGUGAUCUUGUCCCAGCCGUCCAGUGCCUCGGUGCAGGCUCAACUGAUUGGCUCGCCUUUACUGCUGAGCUCGGCGAAUCUGAACGGAUUGAUUACUACGCGCCUCAAUGGGAAUGCAGCUCGUGCCGGCGCUGCCAUUAGCUGGUCACAGGGACGUCGUCUCGACAAUGAGCUGUGGCAGCAACUGGAUCGCCUCGAGGAGAACGACCUCCGCCGUGCCGAUGAGCAACGUCUGGAGAGCGAAGAGCUGCGUUCCAUCAGCGCGGAGCGCAACAGCAAUCGUCGGGCAAAGUGGUAAAAAAAAAACACCGCCCGAACCGACCCAAAGCCAAACUUCAGCUGAACUCAACGCCUCAACGACCUCAACGAUCAACUGCAACGGAAACUCGAUUAUGUGUAGAACGUAAAUCUUAUGUAUAACUUGUGUUCUGAUAGUCUUACGUGGGAUAUGGUUACUUUCACUAUUCACUCUGAUUUCCUUAACACACAUCUUCGCCAGAAACUAAUCCAAU